CACAUCGCUCUGAAUGUCUGAGAGAAAUGACAAUGACAUCAGAAAAACUGAAAAAGGAAGAUAUUCAGGCUGUUUUAGCAGUACAUCUUUUCACUCCUCUGUUAUUUGAAGGUGAAGUUAUUGCUGAUAGUUUAGCCUACAAAAGUGAAAAGUCUUCAAUGAAGAAUGUUAAUCUAGAACCUGAAUGUCCAUAUUGUGUCGAAAGUGUUAAUACAGGCAACACAAAUUUCGGAUGCACAAAAUUGUGGCAUGGAAGGGCAGAUAUAGCUGUAAAGAACACUAGAAAAUGCAGAAAUGUUGUAACGGUGGCAAUUGAUUGGAUAGAAAAUUUAGAAGAACAAAGUGAACCUGUUUUGAAAAAGGCAAGACUUGAGCAGGAUGUUGAAGAAAUCUUUGAUUCAAAUGGUUUAACAGAAGUGGAACCAUCAUAUAUACAGGAUAAAGCAGUUCACCAACUUUUAUCAGAAAAAGAGUACAUGGAAACAAUAACUCAGACAAUUGUGAAUGCUUUUGUUGCUGUCAAACAAAACAAACAAUUACAGGAUCAUCUAAUACCAUCAUUUUUUGUUACCGCUCAUUGUUUGUUUAUCAAUUUUUACAAUGUUAGUAAGGAUAUUUUACUUGCACAGAGCAAGCCUUUGCUUUUUUUCCAGAAAGGAAAAAUUAAUUAUGACACGAUCAUUUCUCUAUGGAUAGCAUUAAACUUUGAAACGUUUACUGUUGAUUCUAUAGAUGAGGAUUAUAAGAAAUCUGGUUUCAGAGAAUGCCUUAUUGAAUUAGGUGUCCUAAACGAGUAUGAAAAUGAGGUUGAAUCUGAGUUUAUUUCGGCACAGAAACCAACAACAAGUUCUGGAGAUACAGAUUACUAUAUCAAUAUUGAAAAACUUUCGAAUUACUAAAAGAGUUUAGAAAGAAAGCAAAUUUUUAAAGAUAAAGAAAAAGCUAUCGUUGUUGUGAUCUAUAAAUAUCAAGAUAAGUCCUUCACUGGAAAAGGAUUCUCUGUGACAUUAUUGACCCGUUAGUUACAUGGGGGUCUUUAUUCUGCAUGUAUUGCUGCAUAAUGAAAAUCAUUGCAACCAAAUUAGUGGUUUAGAGGCGGAAAAAAUAUGACUCUAUACA